AUGGCUCUCUGUCAGAACAGGCUGCAGGAGGAGCGCAAGCAGUGGAGGAAAGACCAUCCUUUUGGGUUCUACGCAAAGCCUCAGCGCAAUGCGGCAGGCGUUCUCGACCUGAAGGUCUGGGAGUGUGGCAUCCCAGGCAAGGAGAAGACGCUUUGGGAGGGCGGUCUAUUCAAGCUCAACGUUGUCUUUCCCGAUGGCAAAUUUACCCCACCUCUCUUCCACCCCAAUGUCUACCCCUCGGGCACGGUCUGCCUAUCAAUCUUGAACGAAGAGGAAGGCUGGAAGCCGGCGAUUACCAUCAAGCAAAUUCUACUCGGCGUACAGGACCUCCUCAACGACCCCAACCCCGACUCACCCGCGCAAGCUGAUGCUUACAACCUCUUCAAGAAGGACCGCACCGGAUACGAGAGCAAGAUCAAGAAGAUCGUCCGGGAUAACCCGGCGCCGUGA